AAGCACCUCCACGCCACCCCUCUCCGGUACCACCAGCAUCCGGACUGAUCCCACUGGUGGUCUGAGGGGCUCUUCUGUCUCUGAUGAGGCUCCACUGAGUCCUGCACAGACCCCCCCUCCCCAUCAGCCCUCCUCUCACAGCACCUCCUCCUCUUCAUCCUCCUCCUCCUCCUCUUCUGGCUUGUUGAUGCGCUUCUGCUGCAGAGUCCAAGUUCAGGUGAGCCUCGUCUCCAGGCACAACAAGUCCCGCUCCGGAUCCGAACCGGGAUGCUUUGCUCCGUGCAGGUAGAUGGGAUAUUCUAAAUGGGCCGCGCAGGAUGUGAAGCCUCGCUAGAAGAAGCAGGAGGAUGGCUAAACCAGGCUUGUCUGCGGCGGUGAUGCUGCUCCUGCUGGGCUCCCUCUCCUCCGUUAACGCCGACACCCUGCUGUCAGCUCCGCUCAAUGUGACCAUCAGAGAGAUCGAGGUCAACUCUGCUGUGGUGACGUGGGAAAUCCUGGAGGGAGACCCCGUCAUUGGAUUCGCCAUCACCCAACAGAAGAAGGAUGUACGCAUGCUGAGGUUCAUCCAGGAGGUGAACACCACCACACGCUCCUGUGCAUUGUGGGAUCUGGAUGAGGACACAGAAUACAUCGUCCAUGUUCAGAGCAUCAGCAUGGGAGGCAGCAGCCCCCCCAGCGAACCGGUCCUCUUCAGAACGCCCAAAGAGUCGGAGAAGCUGGCGUCCAAGAGCCCAGAUGAGGUGACGAUGGAGGAGGUUGGUCAGGCUGCCCAGCUGAGGGCUGGAGAACUCAUCAUCAUUGUUGUGGUGCUCAUCAUGUGGGCAGGUGUGAUUGCUCUGUUUUGUCGUCAGUAUGACAUUAUCAAAGACAAUGAGCCCAACAACAAUAAGGACAAAGCCAAGAACUCCUCAGAGUGCAGUACCCCAGAGCACCCACAGGGUGGGCUACUGCGCAGCAACGUCUAAGACCAGCCCUGCAUCGCCUUCUGCAAUAACCAACUCCUCCUCAGGACAGAUCCUGAGACCAACAGAAAGCCAUCCUCAGAUAUCAUCACACUGAAGAACAGCUCGACCAUCAUUCAACUCAACUAUGCUCAACACUAUGGAGAACUGAAGCAGAAUUCAGCCAAUUCUGAACUUGCAGAAGCUGCAAACAUACAAACAGCUGAAGACUGAACUACAAAUUUACUUUAGUGUGACCAAAACUUGAUAACUACUACAGGCCUACUUUUGAAUGAACAGCUGAAUACAAGAUACAAAAAAAAACAGCUGUCGAUCAACAGCAACAGAGGGGACGUUGUAAUUUCCUCUGGACGUGGACUGUUUGAGGCAUAUGUUCUGGUUAUUCAUCAUCAGUGGCAUCGAAUCCAAGGAGAGGAUCAUCAAACAUGAAAAUCUGAGAGAUUUUUUUUCCACUUUCAGGUUUGUAUCCCUGGUCAGAGGUGGCAGAAAUGUAGGUUGGCUGACAGGAAUAGCUGGUCCUUUUGGUCCAGGUAUUAGUCAGUGCCCAACCAAGGACUUUCUCUUUUCUAUCCGUCCUUCUGUCAUUCUGUCCUUUCUAUCUUUAUUACGGCCCUUUGAGUAGCAGCUCAUCUCUUCCCAUCUUUCUGUGUUGGUGUCUCUCUAAUAAGCACAUUGCUGUUUGGUGCUCCUCCUAUUGCGAUUGUUUGAGCUUUCACAAUCCCAAUCUUGAUUAGGGGUAUAUAUUUUGUUAUUGGGUCCAACGUAUUUCAUAUUGAGUCUGCUGUCUUUCUAAAAUGAUGUGUCUAUUUUUCUGUUUUCUCUCUCUAAUGCUCUCUUCAGUUUGGGGAUAAAAUUGGACACAGUUUUUACAGUGGCCCAUAUUUCCUUUGAAUGAAUUGGAUGACACUUUGUGAAAGCAGCUAUGAUUCACAAAACAGUUCAAGGACUGGUCAGGCUGUCUCUCUUCAAACUGCUAUCUCAUUGCAAAGCCAAAUCCUACAACUUUGAGGUUUGACAUCCAAAGUUAACCUUCGACGUCAAACUUUAAAAUAACUGACAUGGGUGAAAAAGACUGAUUCAAGUUCAUAUUGGGGUUUAUUGUUCAUCCCUGCAUAUUCAGCACCAUAUGCUGUUUGUGGGCUGCAGCAGGAUGUGCAGGGAAUAAGGAUGGCGGUAUGCAGGGCAUCAUCUCUAAUGAAAUGUAUACACUGGGCAAAGUUUGGCUUGGUUUCCGCUCUGAUUUGGCCCAAGACCAUCAGGGAUGCCAGGUUGCAGAGGCCCACAGAUGAUGUACUUAUCUGUGAGGCUGCAUUCAUUUCCCCAUUGCAGCUCAUGUCAACAUGUAUCUAAUGUGACUGGAUAGUAAUUAGAGUGAAAAAGGAUGUGAUACAGAUAUGACUGCCCAAACCUUAGAGCAUUAGAAUCAUGUAGAGCUCAAAAAAUUUCACGCUUUAAAUGCUUU